UUCCCUCAGUCAGUCGCCAUUUUGAAGUUUAGGUGUGCUGUGAGCUUUAAAAAGCAGAAAAAGAACAGUUUUUUUUUUUGUUUCACAGAAAGAGAGUUUCUCUCAUUUAAGUGAAAUUUUUCAAUAAUGCCGAAGGAACAGCAUCAAAGGGAACCGUACCGAGCGAGAAAUCCCUACGAUCGUGAUUCUCGAGAUCCACGAGAAUAUUCACGUGAUUCAAGGGAUUAUCCAAGGGAAUCACGUGAUUCGAGAGAUUAUCCGAGGGAUAAUUAUCAACGAGAAUAUCGAGGAGGAGGAGACCCGAGGGGCAGAGGAGGAGGAGGAGGAGGCGGAGGAGAUUAUCAGCGUGAAUAUCGUGGAGAUUCGCGCGAUCAACAUUCACGGAGUCAAUCGUCACAUCAUUGGGAUUAUUACGACGAGGAAAUGUCGGAACAAGGUGGUAGUGGUGGUCGUGCAAUGGGCCGGAGUCGCGGUCGUUCAAGACCACAACCACAAACAGGUGAAAGAGGUGAUGAAUCACAAUCUUCUUGGGGGCGAAGACCAGGACCAGGAGGUGAUGCUGGACCUUCACGACAACAAGGAACUUCACAAGGAGGCAGGGCUACUGAAAGAGUUGCAACACCACGGGAAGAAGGCGGACGUGGUUCAGGUGGUUCCACUCCUCCAGGAACCACUACUCCACCACCAGGGACAAAAGGUGGCGAUGUUCUUGCCGUUGGAAGAGGUGGAAUGCGAGGAAGAAGACGUGUAAACGAGGCUGAAUGUUUAUUAACAAAACCUUCUGGAUGUGUCACUAAACAAGGAAGCUAUGGACAAAAAAUUGAUUUACAAGCGAAUUAUUUUCAAUUAAUGACAAAAAGCAAUAAACAUUGGGGUUUAUAUCAAUAUCAUGUAGAUUUUGCACCCGAGGAAGAUCGUACAAUUGUUCGAAAGGGACUUUUGCGUUUGCAUAAAGAAAAAUUGGGCGCAUAUAUUUUCGAUGGUACAGUUAUGUACACGAGUACAAGACUUCCUGAAAAUCUCGAAUUAUUUUCCAUGAGACAAUCGGACGAUGUUCAAAUUAAGAUAAAUGUAAAGUUUGCUACUGAACUUGCGAAAGGUGAUCAUCACUAUAUUCAAUUUUUUAACAUAAUAAUGCGCAAGUGCCUUGAUCAUUUGAAACUUCAAUUGGUCGGAAGAAAUUUCUUUGAUGCACAGAACAAAGUUCAAAUUAGAGAGUUUAAAUUGGAACUAUGGCCUGGUUAUUUAACGUCUAUUAGACAAUGUGAAUAUAAUAUUCUUAUGUGCGCCGAAAUUACGCACAAAGUAAUGCGAGAUGAAACGGUUCUCGAUAUGUUGGAACAAUAUUACAGAAUGUAUCAAAUGGAAUACAAAGGUUAUUUUUCAAAAGAAAUUAUGGGUCAAAUUGUAUUGACUGCAUACAAUAAUAAUACGUAUAGAAUUGACGAUGUUGAUUAUUCGGUGAAACCAAAUUCUACAUUUAAAUUAAGAAAUGGAGAGGAUAUUUCUUACAAGGAUUAUUAUAGUCAAAAAUAUGGAAUUCGAAUUCGUAAUGAUUCACAACCAAUGUUAGUUUCGCGAUCAAAACCCAAGGAACGUCGUUCAGGACAAGCAGAAUUAAUUUACCUGGUUCCCGAAUUAUGUCGUACAACAGGAAUCACUGAUGAAAUGAGAUCGUCAUAUCAAACAAUGAAUGCAUUGGCAACGCAUACAAAACUUGAACCACGACAACGUAUCGAACGUUUAAUGUCAUUUAAUCGACGAUUACUUGGUGAAAAAAAAAUUGUCGACGAAUUGGAAGAAUGGGGAUUGAAACUCGAUAAUAAAUUGGUACAAUUGCCGGGUAGAGUUAUUCAAAAGGAUAAAAUAAUAAUGGCACACGGAAUGACACUUACACCACGUGGUAAUAAUUGGGACGGUGAGGUACGUUCUAAUGAAAUGUUAGUGACAUGCCACUUGAAAGAUUGGAUUAUUGUCAGUACAUCGCGAAUGAGACGCGACACAACGGAAUUAGUGAAUUGUAUAAUGCGUGCAGCAAAUGGAAUGCGUUUUCGUGUUGAACAACCUAGAACGGCGGAAAUAAAUUCGGAUCGCACGAGUAGUUAUACAGAAAUGCUUGAGGAUAUAAUGGCACGUUCAAAUCCACAAUUAAUCAUGUGCAUUGUACCAAAUAAUAAUCUUGAUCGAUAUUCGUCUAUUAAGAAGAAAUGUUGCGUUGAUCGUCCAUGUCUUAGUCAGGUGGUAUUGACGAAGACAAUUUUCUCCAAGGGACGUCCAAAUUUAACGGCAGCCACCAAGAUAGCUAUUCAAAUGAAUUGUAAACUUGGUGGCGCCGGUUGGACGGUAGAAGUUCCAAGUGGAAAUAUAAUGGUUGCUGGCUUUGAUGUGUGUCACGAUAAAACAACUCGAGGCCGUGAUUUUGGCGCUUUGGUUGCAUCGUUGGACAAUAAUUUUAGUCGCUAUUUUAGCGCAGUGAGCGCACACACAACGGGCGAAGAACUUUCAAAUGAUUUAGGUGUGAAUAUGUGUAAAGCAGUGACAAAAUAUCAGGAGGCUAAUAAAAAAUUACCAUCGACAAUUAUUUUCUAUCGUGAUGGUGUUGGCGAGGGACAAAUUCCAUUUGUUCAUGAAAUUGAAGUUGAAGAAUUGAAAAUUAAAUUAGCUGGACUCUAUGGCGGUGAUAUUGCCAAUGUGAGAUUGGCAUUUAUUAUUGUGACGAAAAAAAUUAAUACACGAUUCUUUCAUCAAAAUAAUAAUGCACCAGCGGGAACUGUUGUCGAUGAUGUUGUCACAAAUCCUGCGCGCUAUGACUUCUUUUUGGUGUCUCAAGGCGGUGGUAAAGGAACUAUUGCACCUUCUGCAUACAGUGUAAUUUCAGAUACUUCCGAAUGGGGUCCAGAUAAAAUUCAACGUAUGACUUAUAAAUUGACACAAUUGUAUUAUAAUUUUGCGGGAGCUGUUAAAGUACCAGCACCAUGUCAAUAUGCACACAAAUUAGCAGCUCUCGUUGCUCAAGCCAUUCAACGACCGCCAAGUGGACAACUCGAGACACUUCUCUAUUAUUUAUAAAAGUUAUUUUUCCGAUUCUUGUUUUCUUUUUUUGUACUCUUUUU